AUUCCAAAGGCAGACUGAUGAUCCAGCUGCUGAGUGUGUUCGCUGACAUGGAUACAACUGGCGUUUCGCUCUGAAACUGGACUCAUUACCGGCUCACGGAGACACCGGGAGGCUUCAGACCAGCGACUAAACUUCUUCCACGGCCGCACUCAUGUGAUUUCACCCCCCCUACCCUCCCACCCGCCCGCCUGCCUCACUUUGUUUUGGAGCCAUGUCCAAGAGCCUGAAGAAGAGGAAGAACCACUGGACCAACAAAGUCCACGAGAGUGUGCUUUGCAGGGACGAGGAGGGGGAGCUGGGGCUGGAGCUGAAGGGCGGCGCGGAGAAUGGACACUUCCCGGUUAUCGGCGAGCUUCUGCCGGGCAGAGCGGCGUGCCACAGCGGCAAACUCUUCCCGGAGGAACUCCUGCUGGAAGUCAACGAUACUCCCGUGGCCGGACUCACCACCAGGGACGUGCACGCUGUGGUCAAACACAGCAAAGACCCCGUCCGACUCAAGUGUGUCAAACAAGGGGGCGUGAUAGACAAGGACCUGCGCCACUACCUCAACCUGCGCUUCCAGAAAGGCUCCGUGGACCACGAGCUGCAGCAGAUCAUCCGGGACAACCUCUACCUCCGCACCGUCCCCUGCACGACCAGGCAGCCCAAGGAAGGAGAGGUCCCAGGGGUGGAUUAUAAUUUCGUGACCGUUGACCGGUUUAUGGAAUUGGAGAAAAGUGGAGCCCUGCUAGAGAGCGGAACAUAUGAAGAUAACUUCUACGGCACUCCGAAGCCUCCGGCCGAGCCCAACGCUCUGCUGCUAAAUGUAACGGACCAGCUGCUGCCGGGCGCCAGACCCAGCUCCGAGGGCAAGAGGAAACGCAACAAGUCAGUCAGCAACAUGGAAAAAGCCAGCAUCGAGCCCCCCGAGGAGGAGGAGGAGGAGAGACCCAUCGUCAAUGGCAACGGCAUCGCUGUCACCCCAGAGUCGAGCGAACAUGAGGAUAAGAGCACAGACGCUUCGGGGGACAUGGCCCCACAAAUCAACCCGGCGGAGCCCCCAGCUGAGGGACCCAAAGAAGAAGGACAGUCCCCGAAGAUGGCAGUGCCCAAACCAGAGGAGAAUGAUGAGCUAGGGCCCCUGCCAGACAACUGGGAGAUGGCGUACACUGAGAAAGGAGAAGUCUACUUCAUCGACCACAACACUAAGACAACAUCGUGGCUGGACCCGAGGCUAGCCAAGAAGGCGAAGCCGCCCGAGGAAUGCAAAGAGGAUGAGCUUCCGUACGGCUGGGAGAAAAUCGAUGACCCCAUUUACGGCAGCUACUAUGUCGAUCAUAUAAAUAGAAGGACCCAGUUUGAGAAUCCAGUCCUGGAGGCUAAGAGGAGACUCCAGCAGCAGCAGCAGAUGCAAAGCCAGGGUCUGUCCUCACUGCCCCUCCCCACCAUCUACAGAGAAAAGCCGCUGUUCACGCGGGACCCCACUCAGCUGAAAGGCAGUUUCUUGUCCACGUCGCUCCAAAAGAGCAACAUGGGCUUCGGCUUCACUAUCAUCGGAGGCGACGAGCCCGACGAGUUCCUCCAGGUCAAGAGCGUUAUCCCCGACGGGCCCGCUGCAGCUGACGGGAAAAUGGCCACAGGUGAUGUCAUUGUCUACAUCAACGACGUGUGCGUCCUGGGUACCACCCACGCCGAUGUGGUCAAACUCUUCCAGUCGGUUCCCAUCGGCCAGAGCGUGACCCUGGUGUUGUGCCGUGGCUACCCUUUGCCCUACGACCCGGAGGAAGCUGCCAACACCAACAACAACACCACCACCACCAUCAUCUCCCCGCUGGGCAUCAUGGAGCAGCGGCCCAUCAUGGUGAACGGCAGGACGGGCUACGACAACUACCUGGACUAUCUGACCCGCACGGCGCGCUUCGUCACGGACCCCAGCCAGGACCAGGUCAACGCCCAGCAGCAGCUGCUCACCGCCCACCCAGGCGACACCCACUUGGACGGCUCGCUUCCACCCACCACUGGGACCACGCCUCCCGACAGCGUCUCCAUGGCGUCGUCGGGGGCGACCCAAGGGGAGCUGCUGACCCUGACCAUGGUGAAGGGCGUGGAUGGUUUUGGCUUCACGAUUGCGGACAGCGCGACGGGCCAGCGGGUUAAACAGGUCCUGGAACCUCAGGGCUGCCCGGGUCUGUGCGAGGGCGACUUGAUCGUGGAGAUUAACAAGCAGCCCGUGCAGGGAUUCCCACACACACAGGUGGUGGAGCUGCUGAAGGAGUGUGCGGUGGGAGCUGAGACCAGCCUGGUGGUUCAGAGGGGUGGAACAGGUCACUAUUCACCCUGGAAGACCCCUAAGCAGGUUCUGGAACAGUGGGAGUCCCAGCAGGGCCAGAGCAGCCCCGCUCAGACCAGCCUGUCGGCUCCCGUUAUAACCCACAGCGCCCCCUUCCCAACACACCAUCUUCACAGGGCCUCGGUCCCAGACUCAGCCUCCGAGGCCUUGGCCCUGGCUAAACCUGACCCCUAUGACCUUUAUGAGAAGUCCAGGGCUAUCUAUGAGAGUAGGCAACCUGGCCAGCCAAGGACUGUUUUUUCUGUGGACUCUUCAGGAACAGAGUACCAGGACAUGGAGGUCCAUCUGCGCAGACAGAAGUCUGGGUUUGGUUUCCGGGUGCUGGGCGGUGAUGAGGCCGGGCAGCCUGUGAGUCCGGAGACGCGUGAGAAGAUCCUAAUCGGGGCGAUCAUCGAGAAGAGUCCGGCAGAUGUAGACGGGAGGUUGCGGCCCGGCGAUGAGCUGCUGUUUGUGGACGGGAUCCCGGUGGUGGGGAAGCCGCACAGAUACGUCAUCGACCUGAUGCACGGAGCGGCACGCAACGGCCAAGUGAACCUGGUGAUCAGGAGGAGGGUUCAGGCAGCAGGUGAGUCUUGUCCGGAGAACGGCCGCAGCCCGGGAUCCGUCUCCACGCAGCACAGCUCCCCACGCAGCGACUUCACUUACGGCAACAGCACCAGCACAAGCCAGCCCCCCAGCGCCGGCAUGGGCAACGCCGCCGCCGCAGACGGGACGCUGACCCCCAACACGCAGCCCAGCGACGUCAUCAUCAACCGGAAGGAGAGCGAAGGCUUCGGCUUCGUCAUCAUCAGCUCGCUCAACCGGCCCGAGGCGGCCGCAACCAACACUGUGCCCCAUAAAAUCGGCCGCAUCAUUGAGGGCAGCCCGGCCGACCGCUGCGGGAAGCUGAAGGUGGGAGACCGGAUCCUGGCGGUGAACAGUCAGUCCAUCGUCAGCAUGCCGCACGCCGACAUCGUCAAACUGAUCAAAGAUGCGGGCCUUAGUGUCACCCUGAGGAUCAUACCGCAGGAAGAGAUCAGCAACCCUCCGUCAGCCCCCAGCUCAGAGAAGCAGAGCCCCAUGGCCCAGCAGCACAGCCCCAAGACCCAACCCAACGCUGCAGCCUCCCAGUCUAACCAGGCAGCGACGGAACCAAACCCGUCUGUGGCCCAGCCCAACCCGAUGCCCCACCAGAGCCCCGUGACCCAGCUCCCCGCCCCUCCUCCUCCUCAGACCUACACCCACGAGGGCAGUUACAGGUCUGAAGUGAAGGCGAGGCAAGAUGUGAAACCAGACAUCCGACAGCCGCCGUUCACAGACUACCGGCAGCCACCGGUGGAUUACCGGCACCCUCCUGUGGCGGACUACCGGCAGCCGCCCACGUUGGACUACAGACACCCACCGCUGCUCGACUACAGACAGUUGGCUACUGAUGCCAGACAGUUUGCCAUCCCAGACUACCGAAUGCCACCAGUUCAGCUUUCACAGGACUUCGACUUCUUCACAGUGGAGCUGGAGAAAAGCGUGAAAGGCUUUGGUUUUAGCAUCCGCGGAGGGCGGGAGUACAAGAUGGACCUGUUCGUCCUGCGACUGGCGGAGGACGGACCCGCCAUCCGCAACGGGAGGAUGAGGGUCGGGGACCAAAUCAUUGAGAUCAAUGGAGAGAGCACUCGGGACAUGACACACGCCAGAGCCAUCGAGUUAAUCAAGUCUGGAGGCCGGCGUGUUCGUCUCCUCCUGAAGAGGGGUACAGGGCAGGUCCCGGAGUACGACAAUGCCGCCCCAUGGGAUGCUCGCCCUUCAGCCUCCCCAAGCCUGUCGGAAGUAGCCCCUCCCAUCGACAGCCUUUCCAUGUCAUCGCCUUCAUCUCAUCUGGCCCCGGCCCCCGACCCUCCUCACCUGCCACCUCAGGACGUCCCUCGAGACCCGGUGGCACGAGACAGCAGGACGGAGCGUCCCAAGAGCCCCCAGAAAGCCGAGCUGCUGAACCCAGAUCCCACCGGCCCGGGGAGGAGAGUGGCGACGCCCGGCGGGAGCGGCAGAGCCAAGAAGGAGGGUGGCAGGUCCACCCACAAGGGGCACCGGAUGCAGCCCGCCACCGACGGGGAAGGGGGCAAGGAGGGGCAGAGCGGAGAGCCCAAACCUUCCAGGAGCACCAGAGGAAGGUCCAAGGAGAGGAACACUGGGGACGCCAACGAAUCCACCCACUCUCCCAGCGGCUCCAAGCUCCCGCACACCAACGGGAACAGCAGGGAAGACGCGGAGCGCUGGAGCGGCGGGAAGCAGCUGGAGCCGGAGCAGAGCAAACCCAGGCACAGGGAGCCGGACAGGGGCCAGGGAGAGAGCCGGCCCAGCCUGCCCAGCAAGAGCACCAGCGGCGGCAUGGCAGCGGGGAGGAAGGUGACGGUCUCCCCUGGGCCUUGGAAGAUCCCCGGAUCGGACAAGCUGCCCAGCACGCUGCGCACGGGCACGUCCAGGCUGAGCAGAUAACACCGCAGCUCCAGCAGAACACGGUGGCCGCGCUCAUCUGGACCCAACCACCGACCACCUCCAUCCGGACGACAUCCUCACACCAUCCUGUGCUCCGACAACACCCCCCACCUCCACCCCACGAGAGUCCAAACCGAGAGGGGGCAUGGUGAUCUGGACCACGUGUUUUUAAAGUUUUAUUUAUGAUACUGUGUUUUAAAUUAUUUUGAGAAAUAUUUUACACCCACCACCUUAAGAACUGGAAAAAUCAUCCACUUUAAAAUGGAAAAAAGAAAAUAAAAUAAAAAGGAAGAGCAAAUCUUUGUGUAGCGCGGCGGGGAAUCAUUUGGGAGGUUUGAAUGAAUUAUAAAGACUAUUUUAAGUUCUCCCCCAAGCACAAUUUGGGGGACAAACAUGCAAAUAUUCACGAUUCGACAGGACGCAACUGUUGGUUGGAUUUUUUUAUAUAUAUAUCUACACAGUGGAGUCUAUUUUAUGAAAUGGAAUGUCAAACAGAUGCCUGUUUUUGAUGGAAGUGAAUGGAUCAAAGAGAUGAAAUCUGCUCAUCAACAGAACAUUGCCUUAACAGAGACAGUGUGGGCCUGAAUGAUCUAUCAGAUGAUUAUAGACAAAGAUAUAUUAUAAUGAAUAUGAAUAUGUGGGAACAUUUUGUAAAUAAGAUCAUCUUUAAGUGAACAGAACCUUAUAGUGAAGCCGCUGGAAAUUCUAGUCCGCCAAUAAGCGAGUAAAGCGGCGCGACGUGGGCCAGAACUUCCAGCAACUUCUCCCUCCCGUUCAGCCCUGUGAUUGCAGUUUGGGAGGCGGAGUUUCAGCGGCAAUUCCUGCCGCGGUUGACUCUCUGUUUGGAGUUCAGUGAGGCUGUCUCGCCAAUCCGUUUCUUUCUCGUUUUUGCGCUUAACGGACACGGCAGUCUGCGACGGAAGGAGCUCGCGUGAAUCCGACCGAGGGGCGGAGUGCCUUAGACUGACACAGAGGUUGGCUUUUUAACUCCAAAACACUUCAGAGGGUUCAAAACAGGCUGCUAUACAACACCGACUUCACAGAUCGAAAUAUAAACUGUAUUUUUUCAGUGUGAUGUGGUGAAAUAUAUAAUUUAUUUCACAAGCUUAUGUAUGAAAACUAGUCCAUCACCAGAGGUGUUGACGGUCCUUAUUUGUGCAAGUGGUGCAUUCGGGGUCACGAUGCUUUCAUUUCUGAUUCUUUAAUGAGGUCUGACACUAAUAAUUUCCAUGCAGGAUCACUUUUGUGAGACGGUGCAAUCAGAUGGCAGCACUCGGCAGGACUUUGCACCCAAACCAAACCAAAUUAGUCAAACCUGGAGUCAUCGGAGAAUCGGUCUGCUCCCGGGCUGAAAGAGGAACGUUUGUGUCUGAAUUUGAUUUGUUUUCGGUGAUUCUGUCGACACUGUGUGAUAAUGAGACGUACAUAUCCAUGCCAAAGCUGCUUGUAGGUUUUCUCAUUUUUCUCCCACCCGACCCAGAGUUUCAAGGCUUUGAAGGCUGUUCUCUUGUACAUUUUUUUAUAUAAUAACCUAACACCUGACUGUUUGCUAAGCCCUGCCACCCUUAGUUACUGUUGCUGCUCCCGUCAAGCUUUCCGUUUGCAGUUUACUGUGAUUAAACCGAGACAACAGAGGGUCCUUGAGUUUAGACCGAGGUGCUUCACCCUCCUGUUGUCUUCAUUCACCAAAAAAUAUUGUUUCCUUGUCUGAAAGAAAUCCAAAAAUUCAGCAAAAAAAAUCCACAAAUUUCUCAAAGUUUGCCAAAGCUUCCUUCAGUAUUUCGCUUCAAAUUUUUAUUUUUAAAAAAUCCCCCCAAAUUUGGCAAGAAAAAUCUUGUUAAUAUCAAAAAAUGAGCACAGAUCUUCCAAAAAAAAUCCUAAAAAUAUCUAAUGUGGUUACAUAUAUAUCAGUAAAACGCCUCAUAUUUUCUUUAACCCUCGUGUCGUCCUGCAGGUCAAAUUGACCCGUUUUAAAGUUUAAAAAUGGGGGGAAAAAAAAAUAUAUGUAUUUUCACAGUGAAACUUCUGAUGUCCGCAUUUUCAACAUUUUUGGGAAAUCGCUGAACAUUAACGCAAAAAAUCUACCAAAAUCCAGUGAAAUUCAAUGGAUUUGGUUGAUUUUUUGUGAGUGUACCUAAGAAACAUUCACAAACUGAUAUAUAUGUGAUCAUAUUAGAUAUUUUUAAGAUUUUUACUCAUUUUUUGAAAAUAUUUGCAAGAAUAUUUUUGCCACAUUUGGGAGAUUUUAAAGAAAAAAACUUUGAAGGGAAACUUUUCAGGAAUUAUUUGAAUUUUCUUCCUGAAGGUUUUGCAAAUUUUCACAAAUUUGGGGAUUUUUUUUUUUAAUUGAAUUUUUGGAUUUGUUUCAGACAAAGAGAAUAUUUUUUUGGUGCCAGUGAAUGAAGACAACAGGAGGGUUAAGAACAUUCACAAAUUAUUUGUGUGUGUGUGAAUGUUCUUAAGAAAUAUUUUUAACUUUUUUUUUCAUCAAAAAUGUUCAGAAAUUUCCCAAAAUUUUUGAAAAUGUGGACAUCAGAAGUUUCACUGUGAAAAUAUAUAUAUUUUUCCACAUUGUCAAACUUUCAAACUGGUCAGUUUUGACCUGCAGGACGACACGAGGGUUAAAAGCAGCUUCUCAUUUCACUUUUAAAGGCUUUUAGGAUGAGCGCUGACAGAUGUGUCUCAUCGGCUGAGGUUGGUGGAGUAUAAACUUCCCACAUCUAAUUAAAAUCCCCACUAAUGUUGCAAACAUUAGAGCAGAUAAACACACACGAAUCCAAACCUGUUUAAAGUUCUGAGGUGAAAAUGAAUCGACGGUUUCCAAACUCGUCCUCCUGCCAAACGUACAAGACGUCAACAACGGCAUAAAUCCAAAGCUUGACAGGCCUGCAGGUGCUUAAUGUGAUUGAAUGGCUCUUCAGGGGAGGAGUUUAGCAAAUGGUCAAUUUUCAGGUCUACAAAUCUCUUCACAGCAUCUAAAUCCACAUGCAGAUGCUGUUAAACUUCUGAGUGGUCGUUUUUCCUCCAAAUAAGCCAACGUCAAUGAAAAACAUGUCCUCCUUUCCUCUGCUAACAGUGUUUAAAAGAGCAAAGGGAGACAAGUCAUUAUGUUUGCAGCUGUAAUCCGUAAUUACACAAAGACUCAGCAGACAGACUUUAAAACACAAUCCAACACAGAGGGACUGGGGUUUGAAUCAUUGUGACGGGAAAUAGAAAAAUUCAUCAGCCCGGCGCAAACGGCUCAGUCAUUCGUAGACGGUGUGUGGGGUGAUUAAAACGACGUCCUGUAUCAUCAUCAUCAUCAUCGUGCCCAUUUGGCCCGACUGCUCCUUUAUUUUCUUAUCGAGGCAGAAACUAAAAAUACGUGCGUACUCUUUGCUCAUCCUUUGCACAACCCACGUCUGAGCUGUCUCCGUCGAGCCAAACUGUAAGUAGUUUUCUAAGGAAAUCAAAAACAAGAAAAAAGAUCAUGCAGAGGUGUGUUUGCAGAGCGUGUGUGUUGAAACGCGCACGGCGGCAGCAUCCAGUCCAGCACCAGGCGGCUCAGUAUCACUGUGUAGUGCUAUAGCAGUGUGUAGACCCUGAACAGAUAUCUCUAUAAAUAUGACUCGGUGUACUAUUGAUGGUCACAAAGACUGUAAGCGGAGCAACUAUUUUUAUGAAAUGCAACAUUAUGGAUAUAUUAACUUUUGCAGAAAUCUUGUUUACCUGUAUGAUAUUCUGAAACGCUGUCAAAAUAAAAGAAAAAUCUUGACACAACAUGAAAAAUUGA